UCAAUGUACAGCAAAGAGUUCGAAGACACGAGAAAUGGCCGACGCCGACUUCCAAUUAUGAGUUAACUGGCCCUUUGCAAAUCUUAUGGUGCGUCUCCCAGAUCAACUGCAGUAUUAGCGCCCCCUUCAUCUUAAAGGGCAGGAUCGGCUUCCCCGGGUGGGUGGUGAGAGGCGCCUGCUCCCUACUGGCGGCGCCUGUGAGCUGUCUGCUGGAUUGAUUUGUUUUGUUGGUUUGUGGAUGCAGGUUUUACCUCCGACCUUCCCUCCCGCACCAGCUGUCUGAGAUGCACAAGGAGGAGAGCAACAAGGAAGUCACAGAUAUAGGAGGUGAAGAUUCUGAUGAAGAGGAUGAAGUAAACAGGAGAGCUACGAAGCGGAAACGAGCUGUGGAGUCUGAUUCAGAGGACAACUCAGACUCUGAUGAUGCUUCAGAUGAGGAUGAAGAUGAGGAGGAUGAGGAGGAAGAGGAGGAUGAUGAUGAGGAGGAAGCCAAGGAAGAAGAUGAAAUAAGUGAUAAUGAAGAAGAUGAAAGUGACAAUGAAGAUGAGGAGUGUGAGACUGAUGGAGAUGGAGAGGAGAGUGAAGAAGUAACAGACAGUGAAGAAUAUGACUCUGAUGAUGAAGAUGAAACAGCAACCACCUCCUGUACAACUGCCAAGCAUGAACCCACAAGUGCUGUAGCAGGGAGUGACUCUGAGGGCAGUGAAGGAGAAGGGACUACUGGGGAGCCAUGUGCCAUUUGCCUUGGCCGCAUGAAGGGCAAUAUAGGAUCACCAGAGGGCUGUGAUCACUCCUUUUGUCUGGAUUGCAUUUUAGAAUGGGCAAAGACAAACAACAGCUGUCCCCAAGAUAGAAUACCAUUUUUCUUGGUGUUUGUCCGUCGGUACAUUGGUGGACGCAUCAUUCGGCGUGUGUCUGUGGAGGAGGUGAAGCCAGCUGACAUCCCACCUGAGGAAGAGGAAGACCCCACCUUUUGUGAGGUGUGUGGUCGCUGUGACCGGGAGGACCGGCUGCUGUUGUGUGAUGGCUGUGAUCAGGGUUACCACCUGGAGUGCCUUGACCCUCCCUUGGCCCGGGUGCCCAUCGAGGAAUGGUUCUGUUCUGACUGCCAGGCUGUGAAUUCAUCCUCAGCGGCUGCAGAGGCCGGCAUUGAAGAAGGAGAAUUGAUAGACCUUAUUGAGGAUGGUGCUCCUAGUUCCUCGCUUCCACACUUGCGUCCCAAUCGUGCUAUCGAGAGGCCGAGGUUAUUACCCCGCACCCGGGCCUCUGAGAGGGUCCGUGCACGCAUCACACGGUCACGGCAGAUGAGAGCAGCAAAUGUGCAAAAUGAAAGAGAACAGGAAGAAUUGGUGGAAGCCAUAGCUGCUGCUGAGGAGCUUGAGGUUUUGGGCCAAGAGAGGAAAGUGCAAACUAGCAGUGCCACCAGUACCACAACAACAGUCACAACUACAACAAGGACACGCAGAGGCACGAAGGCUCCCAGGAGGAAAAAGAGAAAAGUAGUUAGGAAGAAAAAGAGAAAAGUUACAAAGAAAAGAAAGACAUCUACGAAGAAGGCCACCUCAACAACAAAAACCCGCAGAAAAGGACUGAAGGUCCAACGUAAGAAGAAGAAAACAGUGCGACGGAAGAGAAAAACAAAGAAAAAGAAAAAGAAGGUCACGAAAAAGGUGAAGGUUUUACCACCUGCCACAACACCUAAAGGAAGAAUAGCUGAAGCACUUGGAAUUCGGCCCUCUAAGCCAUGGGAGAAGGUGCCAAUCAUGCAACCUGCUGUCAAGUCACAGCCUCUUGGGUCUCUUAGAGCCAGUGCAGCCCUACCUCAACUCUCUCUUCUGGGACUUAAUGCAGAUGUAGAUGUGACUUCUGAGCCUGAUGAGUAUGGAGAUGCUAUCUUAGCAGCUGGAGUAGCAAGACGGCGGGUCAUGGACAGCCGAGAUAUUGCACGACGCAAGGCCCUUUCAGUAAGGGCAGUCAUGUCUCACUCCUCCAUCAACUCCAGAUUGACAAAACCCAGUGAUGUACAGAAUAAUAACUUUAACACCCCAGGUGAUCUGCUGACCUCAAUCAUAGAGAGUCAGUCCCUUCUCCUUCAGCCAGCUUGUGGUAAAUCUGGUGGCUCCUUCAAAAAGUCUACUGGUUCAGCUGGCAGAGGGUCAGAACUGCUGAGACUAAAUGGGAGGGUGAGGGUGAACACAAGAACAGCUGGCCCUGACUCCCCUGGCAGACAGCAGACAGGGGAUGGCCAGUCUCCACCAAGGGAACAACAGCAGUCAGGUGGUAGUGGUGGUGUUGAAAGUGGUUCUCAAGGAGCGGACAACAGAUUAUCACAAGAUGGUGAUCCAACAGGAGCUAAAAGAUAUGCUUCUUACCUGAGAGAAAAUGGUGAUGGAGGCUGGGAGGGAGGAGGACCCAAUCAUUUACCGGGCAGCAGCUACAACGGUGGUGAGAAAAAGCCGAGAAAGUCUGAUGAUAAAAAGAAAAAGGAAGACGAUGAGGAAAUUGAUAUAUAUAGUGAUAUAGACCCUGAAGUACCUGAAAGGGAUUAUGAUGAUGAGGAAGAGGAGGAUGAUGAUGAGGAGGAUGAGGGUGGUGGUGACCGUAGUGUUAUAGGGAACUACAAAGGUGGUGCUGCUGUGACAAUGAUGCCAGAAUCUAACAAAAAGGAAAAUGAACCAGAGUCCAGUGGUGAUGAGUUGGUGAUUGACGACAGUGACAAACCCGAAUGUCGUGAUGUAGCGGCAGAAGCAGUGCCUCGACGAGUAGUGGUGGAGGAGAUGGAGGAAAACAAUGUGGUGGGAAGCAGUAGUUUGCCAGGCCUCAAUGACUUUGAACUAGAGGCAGUCUCAGACACUGAUACUCCUGAGCUAGACAAAUCUGCCAACAGCUCCAUAUCACUCUCAGACAGCAACACUGGUGACCACGAGGUGACUAGUAGCACUAAUGAUAAUAUCCAUCUUGGCAAGCCGCCAUGCUUAGUAAAGGAGAUCUUUGGUGAAAGUGACGAAGAAAGGAGCCGUGACAGACCUGCCCAGCCCAUGGUUGGUCUGGAGGGGCUUGAGACAGAGACCAUAUCAGACAAUGAGGAGAUUAGCUUUGAUGACAAUGACGACAACAUAGAGGAGGGCGAGAUUCCUAGUGAGACACCAAGACAACCCACACCGCCAGCCAGUCGGCCUCGUGUCAACUUGCAGAUUCGGCGUGUGAUUGAAGUAUCUCCACCAAGAGACCAGGAGGGAGACUAUGAAGAAGGUGAAAUAGUGGAUGAGAAUGCCAAAAGAAAAGAGAAAAAGAAGGAGAAGAAAGAAAAGGUAAAUAAAAAGGAUAAAGAAACUAAGGAAGAAGAAAAGGUACCUGAGGAGGUGGAGAAGGAGAAAGAAGAUGCCGUCCCUGUAAUGGAAGUUCCAGAACCAGUGAAGGAGCCUGUUGAAGCACCCCCUGUCGAGGUGCCAGAGAGACCCAAGACGCCUCCACCAAAACAGAAGACCAAAACCAAACAAAAAGAAAAGGAAAAAGAGAAAGAUAAAGAAAAAGAGAAAGAUGUCUCAUUUAAAAAGGUCUCCAAGAAUACUAAGGAGAGGAACUAUCGAGAUAACGAUAAGGAUGACAGGGACCGGAGAGGCAGCGGCAAAGGUGACAGAAGAAGCCGGGGUAGAGAACCACAGGACCCUCCAGGACGGGACAGAAACAGGGACCGCAGUCGGGGAGAGCGGAACGGUGAGAGAGGCCGGGAAUCUUCCAGUCGGCGGAGAGGACGGGAGAGGGAGAGGAAGAAGGAGCCCAAGAGGAAGGAGAUGGAGAGGUACAAUGUGAGGAAAAUGAUCACACAGAAGGAGGAGGAACGUAAGAAAAAGGAUGAGUUUGGCCGGGAUGUGGCACUCAGGUCUCGCUCCAGGUCACGGUCAAGGAGAAGAUCUAGGUCGAGGUCUAGGAGGAGAUCACGGUCAAGGUCACACCACCGUUCAGGUUCAAGAGCCAGAAAAGGUGGUGGUGGUGCUGGUAGUGGUGGCGGCGGUGGUCGAAGGAGCUACACUCGGUCAAUAUCUCGCUCUCACAAUAGAAAGAGAGCUCGGAGAAGGAGUUACUCCACUUCUUCCUCCUCCUCCUAUACCUCUUCUAGUUCUAGCUCAUCCUCCAGUUCAUCCUCCAGUUCUAGGUCGAGAGGAAGGAGCAGAGACAAGCGGCGGAGGAGGAGUCGUAGCAGAUCCCGUACACCUGUUAAAAAGAAACCCGAGAAGAAGAAAGCUGCACCACCUGCCAAACCCCCGAAAGAGAAGCCUGUGAAGGAGAAGCCUAAGAAGGCAAAUCCAGUAACUGAGAAGAAGAAGGAGAGAAAGAAGGAAGAUAAGAAAAAGGAGAGGGAAGUAGAAAAGAGGGAGGAGACUAAACUGGAAAAGGAGAAGAAGAAAAAGAAGAAGGAGAAGUCUCCCCUGCAAAGUAAGGAAGUGUACCAAGCUGGGGGAAGCAUUAUGGUCAGUGUUAGCUUUAACCGUGCACCAGGAAAGGAGAACAAAGAAGCAAAGAAGAAGAGGGAGAGAAAUGUUAAGCUUGAGGGUGAUGCAAGAAAGAGAGUAAGGAAGGAAAUUACAAAGCCUCGUGGGGGCAGUCCAUUUAGAUCUUGGUCAAGGAGCCGAUCACCCUCUCCUAGUGGGAAGCGCACACCUCUUCAGGAUGAGCCAAUGUGGUCACCCGAUCGGUUGGCUGAGACACGUAACAAAGAGAAGGCACCCAAGACACCGGAAGUCAUAGAUUUAGAUGUGAUCAUGGUCACACCACCACCUCAGGAACCCAUCCUCAUCUCGGAUUCUGAAGAUGAAGGUAUCACCCGGUUGCCUCCAGACCUAGGCACCACACCUGUGCCUCCAGUCAGACCUCAGGGACCUAAGACUCCUCCAGAACCAGCUGUUAAAUUCACACUCUCUAGUAAGCAGGUGUUAAAGCCAAUUAAUAACCCACUGCGAGAUGAAGAAGAGGAAGAAGUGCCUCCAGCACCUGCUAGGGGGCCUAACACACCCCCUGGUCCUCCUCCAGAAUCUGAUGAAUCAGUUGGUAGAGCAAAGUCCCCAGUAGUAGGAGUUCCACACUCCCCAGCUGGUUCACCAGGCUCUUCUCCUGAACCAGAUGUGUAUGAUCCUUUUGAACCCACAAAAUCCCCGUCCCCUCCUGGCUCUCCCCAGCAGGAAGCUCGAGUCAGCAGCAGUGACCAAACAGAAACUGUUGAAAAAGCAUCUCCAGAGGUGGUGGUGGCACCCAAGGUAGCGUCUCCUCCACCAUUACCCACAGAACCCCCAGAGCCUGAGGAGCGACCACCUGAACCACAGAAACCUCCAGAGGAGGAAGCCACUAGCACUGUACCUCCACCAGUGACAGUCAGCACACCUGUGGCUACUACCACCACUGCACCUCCCAAAACAUCCAAGCCACCCAAGGCUCCUAAGACAACCACAACCUCAACUAAAACAACUACAACAGCCACUGCAGCCCCAGCAAAUACCAUAAACCAGAUUUUUCCUGGUUUGCCUGCAAAUGUGGCAAAUAUAUUGUAUCCAGCUGCCUUGGCGGCAGCAGCAGUCCGUGGUGCAGGAGGCGCUGUAAUUCGUCCACAGGUAGUACAGACAGUGGCAGCUCCAGAUUUUUCGAGGCCACCUCCAGCAGCCAACCCUCUAAACCGCCCCCCUCCAAUGACUAUCAUAGCUCCCACACGCCUUGGGGAGAAGGGACGUGUAACACAAAAUGGGAGGGAUCUUACACAUACUGAUGUAGUGGACAUGGAUAUUGAUUCCCCCAACUCUCCAGACAGUUCAGAUGUGAGUGACAUGUUUGAACCACCUUCACCCCACUCGACACAUCAAUCAGAAAAGUCUCCACAGAGGAAAGUGAGAAACCAGGUCAGACCCCCAGUUGCAAAGGGAGGCAAAAGUGGUAGUAGUGGUGGUGGUGGUGGUGGCGGCAGCAGUGGUGGUGCAGGAGCAGGUGGUGGAGUAGGAGGAGGAAAUUUGAAUGAUAAGUUUGAUAAUCUAUUUGGUGGAAAUAGAGGAGGUGGAGGAGGAGGAGGAGGAGGUGGUGGUGGUGGUGGUGGGGGAGGACGCAAGCAUAGCACUCCACACAAACAUAAGGGAGGAAAGAAAUUAAAAAGUUCAGGUAAAAAAGGUGAUGGUAAUGAAGAUGAUAUACCAAGUUCAGCAGUUGACCUACAAGUGAAAGAGAGGUUCUUGAAGAAAGUUCAACGACAAGAGAGAGUUAUUGAGGAAGUGAAACUCAGCCUUAAGCCAUUCUAUAACAAGAAAACCAUUGACAAGGACGAUUAUAAGGAGAUUAUGCGCAAGUGUGUCCAGAAGGUAUGUCACAAUAAAUCAGGAGAGAUUAACCCCAUAAAGAUUCGGGACCUCGUGCAAGGGUACAUCAAGAAGGUGAAAUAUUACCGGAAGAAGCAGACAGGUGGGGCUGACCCUUCCCCAACUAAACCAUCAGCCACAGAGCCCACAGCUCCUACAUUCAUCCUUGUCCCAAAGGUCACCAAGCCCCCAACGCCAAUAAAGAGUAAAGCCUGAUUAUGAAUAGAAAAACUAUUUUAUGAUAUCGAGGUAGAUUUUUCUCUCCUCCGUCUAACAAAGUAUGUUAAUAGAAUAUAUGGGAAUUUUUAAUACAGUAUCAGGGUUGACAGAGCUGUAGAAUAUAAUUGAAUUUUGUAUGUUUUAUUAUUUAUUUGAUAUUUUUGUUAUUAAUGAUUACAAUUUGUACAUUCUAGGUUGUAAGUUGCAACACUAGGGAUACUGUACAGUAUUCACAAAAAAAAAAAAGAAAAAAAAGAUAGGCACUUUAAUUUUUCUUUCCCCAUUACCUAAGACUGUGAAACUAAACCAGGUCUGUUUGCAUUACUUGUGUGAUGUAAGGGUAUCCACCACUGUUGGGAUCUCCUCGGCAGUUUCUGUGGUUGUCACUAGUGUAAGGAAGGCAAUGGGGAGGAGUUGUGUGACCAGCACAAUAGAGCAGCAGAGGAGAGAGGGACUUCAAGUUAUUGUGGGAAGGUCUGGUGGGGGGUAGGGGGUGUGGUGUGGUUCUUGACAUAGCUUGUCUCUUUUUUGGUGUGAAUCUCUGUUGCACUUUUAUUUAUCAUUAACUGUGAACAGUAAAUGUAAAAGCUAUGUUUUAUGAAAGUCUAUAUUUUUAGAUGCAUUUCAUAAUUUAAAGUGGUUGAGGGUAUGUGGGUCACUUCACUGAAUUCCAAUCCGGUACUUUGUUGAGGUGCUAGGAAGUGUAGUUUUCUUAUGCUGAGGUGGGAGGGAAGUUACAGAAAGAAAUCAAAAGAAUUCUUUGUUAUUUCUGAUUAUGGUGUAUAUAAUAUGCAUUUUCUUGUGUGCAAUUAUAUAUUUUUGAAAAGCAUUAUUUUAAAUAAUUAAAGACAACUCUAAAAGUUGCAUAGUUUUCAAAAUCAUUUUCAAAAUGAGAUCUACUGAAACAUCAGAAAUGUGGUAUGUGGAUUAAGUAAUUUAAAACAUUUGUUCCUCUGUAAGAUAAAUAUUUCAUGUUGUGUUGACAUGAAAAGGAAAGUGUUCUGAUUUUUUUUUUCUGUGGGUCAGUACUCUUAAUUUGCAAUUAUGGAUGUUAUUCUUCUAUUAACCAAAUGUUUAUUGGACUGUACUAUUUGCCGUACUUACCUAUCGUUCAGAAGUUCAUCUUCAUUAUACAUUCAUAUCUACCAUUAUGUACCAGUGAAAUCAUGUCAUUCACUUCUUUCAUCAGCUACAUUAAUUUUAUUUUUGUAUUUAAUAUUAAGAAGCAUUGUUUCAUAAACACCAAGGACAAGGAAGAGAGGGAUAAGGUCAACAAAAGGAAGAUUUAUUAUGGAUCUACCUUGUCCAAUAAGUUACACAUCUUUACCUAAGUCCUAAACACCAAGAAUAAACAGUUAGCAUGUGCAGAAAAGUUUACAUGAACUUACUAUUGUAAUUAUUAAACAAAAAAAGAAAAAGAAGAAAACUUACUUGAAAUAGGAGUAUUCUAAAACUUUAUAGCUUAUAGCAAUUGUUUACAUCUCUUCUUUUUACUUGGUAGUUUUCGUGAAUAUCAAGAGUAAGAAAAAAGAACAUGAUUUCCUUAAAGUGACUAUGAUUAAAUAUACCAAAUCCUAAACCUUCCUUGGGAACGAAGGUUCCUAGCACCUAGACAAACAUUAUUAUUAUUAUUAUUAUUAUUAUUAUUAUUAUUAUUAUUAUUAUUAUUAUUAUUAUUAUUAUUAUUAUUAUUAUUAUUAUUAUUAUUAUUAUUAUUAUUAUUAUUAUUAUUAUUAUUGUUGUUGUUAUUAUUAUUGUAAAACUGAACAAAACCAAGAAGCUGUAGCAGGUCUACCUAAGGCAUCCUAAAUAAGUGUCAUGAUAAGAAAUGACUGGCAAGAUGGUUGUGUAAAUAUUUGUGUGAAUGUUUUGUAGUGUAUGUACAACGACUGUCAAGGAAUGGGCACAUUGCACUUGAAAAGAAUGUAAACGUGUUUGGCUUUGAUCAUUGGGGAAUAUGAUUCCAAGUAGUGUGACCACAUGACCUCAUCACAGCAUUUUUUUCUACAUUUAACAUACUGAGUUGCGUGACAUUGUUGCAAUGGUCUGCAGUAUUCUUCAUAGAGGCCCAGAAUCAUGCAUCUCUGAGAGGGAUGAAGUCCAUUCUGUACCAAAUAACCCUUCAGUCGUCUGUGACUGACCAACCCACCAACCCCCCUUUGUAAUGGCUAGGAAUAAUGUAAGAACGUUCUCAUAGCAUCAUCUCUGUUUGUAGUGGUUACAUAUGUAAAAAAAUGUUUUCUUAUCUUUAAAGUGUGUAUCAGUAAAAAUUGAAUAAAUAUAAAUAGAAUAUA